UUGUUUGUUUGUUUCUCCCAUAAGCAAGAGGAGCUCCAGGCCAUCCUGUGUGAGUCUGAGGCCAGCCUGGGAUAUGAAACACUGCCCCCUAUAAAAACAAACAAGCACCAGUCCUUCCUAAAUCAGUUUUGUUAAUUCUUCAGGGCAUGAAGAAACCCAGGAAGUCACUCCGAAGCACAAACACGUAAAUUGUGCAUUUUAGGAGACAGUACUUUGAAGAGUGUCCAGAAAAACCUGAUAUUCUAACAACUUUACGGGUUUGGGAAGGUCUUGGGUUCCCAAGAUCGUUUCUGAGCAUGAGCGGAAGUCACUCAUUGAGCAGUCUCCGGCAGUUUAAUGAUAGGUGCCAUAUUCUGGACAGAAUAACACACCUUUAUUCUGUUCUUCCGGACGGUCACGCCAGUGAGUCAAUUUUAUUUUCUUACCAAAAAAAUAAAUAAAGCGUGCAUUCAGAGACGGAUUUAAAGCAACACAACGCCUCACCUUCCCAUAGUAAAGAUGGCGAAGCCCUGAGUAAGUAACAAGGAACUCCACUUCCGCAUUUUUCUUGUGCCCUGGUCCAAGAUGGCGGAUGAGGCCACCCGGCGGGUCGUGUCUGAGAUCCCGGUGCUGAAGACUAACGCCGGACCCCGAGAUCGAGAAUUGUGGGUGCAGCGACUAAAAGAGGAAUAUCAGUCCCUUAUCCGGUAUGUGGAGAACAACAAGAAUUCAGACAAUGAUUGGUUCCGACUGGAGUCCAACAAGGAAGGCACCCGGUGGUUUGGAAAAUGCUGGUACAUCCAUGACUUACUCAAAUAUGAGUUUGACAUCGAGUUUGAAAUUCCUAUCACGUACCCCACUACUGCUCCAGAAAUUGCAGUCCCUGAGCUGGAUGGAAAGACAGCAAAGAUGUACAGGGGUGGCAAAAUAUGUCUGACUGAUCAUUUCAAACCUCUGUGGGCCAGAAAUGUGCCCAAGUUUGGACUAGCUCAUCUCAUGGCACUAGGGCUGGGUCCUUGGCUGGCAGUGGAAGUCCCUGAUCUGAUUCAGAAGGGUGUAAUCCAGCACAAAGAAAAAUGCAACCAAUGAAGGAUCAAGCCACUGAGGCAGGACAGAGGCAUUUUUGAUAGGCUGGAUUCCUGUUUUCUUGUGAAGCGUUGGUUCUUCUUACCCAUGAUUCUUUGACGGGUCACCUCUGGUUGUUAAAAAGUAGCUAUAGCUGAAGGGGUGGGGAAAAACCCAACAACAGGGUAAGGUCACAACGUUUCUAAAUUAGACUGUACAGGGAGGUGAAAGACUUGGGCCUUGAAAUAGGCAAUUUGUAUCCCUUCUCCAAGUGGAACCCUGGAGGCAUCUUGGAGGCAUAGGGCGUUAACUGACAGCUCAUAGCUUUUUUGGUUUCUGGAAACAACCUGUCAAUAAAAGCUGCUUCCGAUGUA